AUGAAGCCGGUCAUUGUCCUCCUUGUUUCCAUGGCCUGGGCUCUAACUAGAGCCCAGUACUACUACCAGGGGCUGAUGGAUUAUCUGGAGAAUAGAAUGCUAGCCAUCGAGGAUCGUAUGGAGCUGUGGCAUGAGCAGUCCCAUCGCUACCACACAGAGCUUCGAGAUUUCAAAAAGCUAGCCGCUGAGAUCAUGGAUCGGCUGGGCAAGGAGCAUGUCAGCCUUCUUCAAGACCUGGAAGGAGCUGCUGCCAGAGUGGAGCGGAUGGAGCGUGAAAUGGACUACGUAGAGACUUGGACCUCCCCUCGGGCUUGCGUGAAUAUGGUGGACAAGGUGGUGGAGCAGGGCGCCUGGAGUGUAGAUGAGAGGAAGGAAGAGGAAGAGGAGGAAGAAGAGUGGGAGGAGGUACACUCCAGAGUCUCUGACUGCGUGGACCUCAUCUCCAGCAUCAGAUCAGUUAAGAUCCUGAAGAGAGUAGGCGGGCCUAAGGGUAUGUGGAUCAGAGACCCCAAAACCUCCAAGGUAUAUGCCUUCAAUGGCACAUCAGGAGACACCAUAUACCAGUUCAACUCUGUGCUGGACUUCUCCCGGUCUCCCGGUGUCAACCACAGCAGACUGAUAAGGCUGCCCUCUCUGUGGAGCGGUACUGGCGGUGCUGUUUAUAACGGCAACUUGUACUAUAUUAAACAGAGAACCGAUGCAGAGGUGCAGGUGGCCAAAUACAGCCUGCUUAGUGGUCUGCUGAUGGACACUGCCAUGUUUCCUGCGGACAGCUAUGCUCCUGUUUACAGUCUCAACCCAGAGACCAUUGCAGACCUUGCUGCUGAUGAUGAGGGCCUCUGGCUUCUGUAUGCCAUCAGUGAGAGUGAGCCAAACAUCCACCUGGCGAAAAUGGACCCCGAGACUCUUGAUAUAGAACAAAUGUGGGACACCCGCUGCCCGCGAGAGAAUGCAGAGGCGGCCUUCAUCAUCUGCGGUACCGUGUAUGUCGUUUAUAACACCCGACUGGCAAGUCGUUCCCGUGUCCAGUGUGUGUUUGAUGUUAACGACAUGGUGGUCAGUGAGGAGGCACCGCUCCUCUAUUUUCCCAGGAGGUAUGGAGCCCAUGCCAGCCUGAAAUACAACCCUGAGGAGAAACAGCUGUAUGCCUGGGACGAUGGCUAUCAGAUUCUUUACCGACUAACCAUGAAGAGGAAACUCCUGGUUUGA